UCAAAAAAACAAACAUCAUUUCGCAGAUCUCUUUUAUAUACUUCCAUGCGUUUUCUAUAUAUAUAUAUAUAUAUAUAUAUAUGUAUGUAUGAAUGAAUGAAAGUUCAUAUUUUUUCUCUUCCUCAGUGGAUAUCUUAUCUGGGUUUUUGGUUGGCUUGGCAGAUUUGAGGGGCAUUUGCAGAUCUAGGGUUUUGUUUUAGGGUAGGGUUUUAGGGGGGAUUUCCGCCAUGACCACGCCCUUUCCCAUUCCGGUUACUGCCGCUCAGGUUGGGACGUACUUCGUGGGGCAAUACUAUCAGGUUCUUCAGCAACAGCCGGAUUUUGUUUAUCAGUUCUACUCCGAUGCCAGCACCAUGCUUCGCAUCGAUGGCAACACCAGAGAGACUGCCACUGCUAUGCUGCAAAUCCAUACACUUGUUAUGUCACUCAAUUAUACCGGAAUUGAGAUCAAGACUGCACAUUCCCUGGAAUCUUGGAAUGGAGGAGUACUGGUAAUGGUUUCAGGCUCUGUGCAAAUGAAGGAUUUCACUACGAGGAGGAAAUUUAUGCAAACUUUUUUCCUUGCACCCCAGGAGAAAGGGUAUUUUGUACUUAAUGAUAUUUUCCAUUUCAUUGAUGAGGAACCAAUUCAUCAUCAUCCACAUCCAGCAGUGAUGUUAGCCCAUAGCAAUCUUGACUCCAAGUUAAAUGCUUCAACCACAAUCCAUGAGCCAGUGUCCAAUUAUUUGCUUGGUGGAGAAAUCCACACAAGAGACUUUGUGCCUCCUGAUGUCAAAGACAAUGGUCCAGUAGACAAUUAUGGUUUUGUGGAGCAACGAUUGCAGCAAGUUUCUGAGUCUGAAAAUAUCCUGGAGGAAAAUGCUGCAGAUCAGUCAAAUGGUUCACUUCAGAAUACAGUAAAUUCUGUACAAGAUCACCUACCUUCAUCUGUUGAAGAACCUGUUGGAGAGCCCCAAAAGCAAACUUAUGCAUCUAUUUUGCGUGUUGUUAAAGGACAACCUGCACCUUCUGGAGCUCCUGCAGCUGCUGUAGCUCCUCUGCAUUCUGUUAACAAGAAUGCUUCAUUGGCUUCAGACUGGAAUCAUUCUCUGCAGUCGGCCACUCAACAUCCCAUUGUGUCAUCAAAUGCGACUGAAAGGUCUGUGGCAGAGGCAGCAGAUGAGGUUUCCCCUCUUGAAGAUGAUGGUGAGAUAAAAUCUGUUUAUGUGAGAAACUUGCCACCUGCUGUUUCUGUUUCUGAAAUUGAGGAGGAAUUUAAGAAUUUUGGUAAACUCAAGUACCCUGAAGGCGUGGUUAUUCGGAGUCGGAAGGAUGUUGGCGUAUGCUAUGCAUUUGUCGAAUUCGAAGAUAUUAGUGGUGUUCAGAAUGCAGUCAAGGUGGCUACUGUUCAGAUUGCUGGACGACAAGUAUACAUUGAAGAGCGGAGACCGAACAGUAACAUCCCAUCUCGAUUAGGAAGGAGGGGUAGAGGAAGGGCUAGCUACCAAUCAGAGGCUCCAAGAGGUCGUUUUGGCUCUCGGAGUUUUGGACGGGGGAUUGGCCAUGAUGGUGGAGACCGAGAUUACAACAGAAUAAGAGGGAAUGGUUUCUAUAGACCAAGUCUGCGACAAGACAGGGGCAAUUCAGGUUACCAAGCAUCCCGAAGUGGAACAAAUCCAUCAGAGUUGACAAAUUAGACUAUUCUACUAAACAAAGAAAGUUUUUAGUCCAGCCAAUUCAACUUACUAGCAGUUCACCUCAAUUGGUUUCAAGAACCAUAUAGUGAUUUUUUCUAGAGUUUGUUUAACCUAGAAGUGUUUGAAAGAAAUGAAUCACAUUCUUUUCUCUAGAAAGGGAAUCCCCGUUUUCUUUUUCCUACCAAAACAUUAUAGUUUAAGAUGUGCUAGCAAUUUUGAGUUCAUUUAUUCCUAUAUUUAGUGAAAUCUUAUUAUUCAACAUGUUUCAGUCGGUUGAGUUGGAUUCAUUUUAUUAUUCAAUUAUAGAUUUGACAUUUCAAGCCAAUGCUGCUUGUACACAAAGACUAAGGAGGCAUUCGUAUGAAAUAAAAACGAAAGAAAAGGACAUCUUAUUUCAAUUA